GCCAAUAACGCUGGACCACCGACCUCGGUUACCCCGAAUGAAAAUGGCUGAUGUUGUUUGUCAUAUACGAGGCAGCAGUCAUGCCUGGCCAAGACACAAAUCCAGCUGAUCACAGUUCAGAUAUGAAUGUAGAAUUGGACAACAGUUGGGAGAAUGGCAGACCAUCCAGUUCACCAUCUACAGUUAACAGGGAAAGUGAUGCUCAUCAAGAAACAUCACCAUCAAACACAACAAAUGAUAAUUCCUUCCAGCUGUGUCAAACUAUACAACUGGAGGACAGUGUGGACUGGAGCCAUAGAUUGCCCUCAACAUCACCACUUACAUGGCAAAACCAUACUCAUGAUGAACCAGGUCCAUCAGCUUCAGCAAGUAACAGCACUUUUCGGAAUUACAUUUAUGGAGGCUCUUCUGACAGUGGAAGUGAAAGUGAUGAUACUCAAGCAAACUGCCCUAUCUGCUUUGUCUCCCUACUAAAUCGAGAAGUAGCCACACCGGAUUCAUGUCAGCACUACUUCUGCUGCCCAUGCCUUAAACAGUGGUCAAAGACUGUAACAACAUGUCCAGUUGAUCGACGCAAAUUUAAGUUAAUUCUUGUCAGGAAUAAUAUAGGAGGACAAGUUAUUCGUGUAGAUCCAGUGGAUCCAGUUUCUGUACAGUCAUUUAGUGACAAUGAUGAUGAUCCCACAUUUUGUCAGGUAUGCCACCAAAGAGACAGAGAGGACAGAAUGUUACUUUGCGAUUAUUGUGAUAGUGGGUUUCAUCUGGAGUGCCUUAACCCACCCCUGGAGGCAGUUCCUGAUGGCGAUUGGUUCUGUUCUAGAUGCCAGUUGCUGGAUACAAGAAAUACUGAACAAAAUCAGGGUAGAGUCACCUGGGUGAGAGUGCCGACUUUCCCAGUUGGUCUAGGAGGACGCCGUGUUCAGUGCGUAAGGGUGCCACCAGUAAACCGACAAGUUGAAGAAAUUGUAAGCGUAUCUUCUGAUGAUGAAUUAGAGCUUGAAGUUGUUACUAGAAGUGGAAGAAGAGUUAGAAGACCUUCAGUUUCAUCAAAUUCUGACAGUGCCAGGACACAUCAGAAAACACCUGCUAAAAAUGGACCAGCUGAACAAACAAGUACUGCGAGAAAGAAAGUGACGAGACGGGCACCCUCACCCCGUGGAGAGCAGCCAUUUUUUCGUACACAACGGCGGCGGCGGCGGCGGCGGCGACAGCGGCAGAGACAGCGGAAUACUUCCGAAAGCUCUGCACAGACUGCGGAGGAUAGUGAAGAAGAAGAUGAUGAUUCGACUGUAAGAAAAUCUGGACGAUCCCGUUUAGCAGAAAAUCUGGGACUGGUUCCAUGCCGUCGAUCACAGAGUUCUAGUACUGCACAUGCCCCAGUGCCAGCUUCCAGUCUCAAUCGGCAACGGGUAUCAGCUGGUAUUCCUACGUUGAACCUGUUUGGAAAUGAUAGUCUCGACUACUUUUCUGAUGGGUCAGACGGUGAAAAUGGAAAUGAAGGUGGUGGCACUAGUAUGUUGUGCCACCGAUCUAGGUCGUCACCAACAACAGCAAGACGUUUGGCUGCAAGAAAACUGUCUCAAAGCUUGAUGAGCAGCACACCAAGGCCUCAUGUUAAUUCGAAUCCUCGGCCAAGCACCUCACGUGACACUACUUCAAAUAGCCGCCACAAUCUCCUGGACUCCAUAAUGGAAAGCCAAGGCCUAUGGCAUUCAAGGAAUACGACCAUGUCUCUUAGGAGAGAUGGUACAAUUACUAUUAAAAAGGCAUCCAAAGUGGAGAGGCCAAGUAAGGCAAUGUCUGGUAGUGAUGAUGGACAAAGCAUUUCUAGGUUUACAGAAUCCUCAGAUGGAUAUCGGGAUAGGAUACAACAUGACAGUAAUCCACAAGAAUUGCCCUCCCAUAUUUUCAAUCAAAGGGAUGCAAUUAGUGUUGUCCCUGUUGCAGAUAGUGGUCCUAACAUUUUUACCAGCCAUGCUGGUAGUAGUGGAUCUUCGAACAAUGUGGGUCAACAAACAUCUGUAAAUAGCAGAUUUCCAUGGGAGUCCCAUACAAGUAACCGAGUAAAUGUUACAGACAACCAGACAAGAGUUUCUCAAGUUCCACUCUAUCCUGGUAACUCCAACUCAAGAUCUCCUGGAUCAUCUGGAUCAUAUCAUCAUAAUAAGGACAGUCAGUAUGAAAGGACAUCAACUUCAUCAUACCAGUAUAGUGGACAUAUGUACUCAGGUACCCAUCUUUCUGGAUUUGAUAGUGAUAGAGGUCAUUUGGGAUAUACAGGCUACUUGGGUCCAGAGAACAGUUCUACCACAUCAGAUUUACCAAAUCCUGGUAGGUUCAAUUUAUUACCACAAUUUCCAGUAAGGCGAACACAUCCUCAUCCUUCCACAUCCCUCAGUGCUAGCAGCACCGAUGAAAGGCAACUCGAAGAGAGUGACUUUCUUGAUGACCAAGAUAUCUCAAGUGGAAAGUCAUCAAAUGAGAGAGACACUAAGAAAAAUACUUACCGGAAAGCUACAGAAGAUGACGACUUAGAUAUUUAUAGUGACAUUGAAGUAUCCAGUGCUGGUGGACAAAAUUGUGCUUCUGAGCAUGAAGAUAAUGAACGUAAUUUUGAUGUUCUUCCUCCACCCCCAGAACCUUCAGCUUUACUUAUAGGGCUUGGUGAACAAGAUUCUAGUGAUAGUGAAACAAAUGAUUCUUUAGUAAUAGAUAUUCGUCCCAAUCCAGAUGACCAUACACAUAAGGAUAAUGUUACCAAAUCACCAGAUGAGUCCGAAAAGUAUGAUCCAGCUGUUCCAUGUGAUGAUAGUGAUGAUGAUGAUGAUGAGCCACUUGUAUCUCAGAAUCUGCAUAAAGAAGACAUUCCACUCCCACCAUGCCCUCCUUCAUCGGAGAAGGUAGAUAUGAGUACUUCAAAUGCAAGUUACUUGCAGUCACCAACCUAUGGUGAGCUGAGCAAACAGUGUUCUGUUCAUGUUACUGAAGCUGUAACAGAAGCAGUGAAGGAGGUGAUCAACAGUACUCUUCAGAGCUCUUCAGCAUCCAUUAACAAGGCUCUGGCAUCUGGUGAUGAAGACGAUGAUGAGGGAGAAUGUCCCAAUUUCUCUAUCUACUCAGCUGACAGUAUGGACAUAGCCCGGAAAGCAACUGAAAUACCGGAAGAGAAUACAGGUGCUUUAGAUAAGAGUGAUCCUGUCACUGUCAUGACAGAUGAAGACAAAGCAGAGGUUGAAAAGUGUGAGGCAAAAUCUGAUAUUCUGGAGAUGCCGAUUGAAUCGAGUAGUGACCAUAACAACCAAGAGAGCAGAGAUAAUGAUGAACAGAUGGAAGAGUCAGGAUCAAUUUCAGAAGUGCAACAUGAACCAUUAGAAAAUAAUGAUGAUAUGAUUGAACGUUUGUCAAAAACUCUUCAGUGCAGCAGCCGCAGCAGCAGUAGUUGUAGCAGUAGCAGCAGUAGCUGUUGUAGCAGCAGUAGUAGCAGCAGUGGUAGUAGUUCCAGCAGUAGUACUGACGGUAGUUCUAUUAGCCAAAACACUAGUUGUGAAGAACCAAGCAAAGUUGUCACAUCCGAAGAGAAAGACACUACUGCUAUAGCUGUUGAACAAAUAGCUGACCAAAUGAGUAAUCUCAGUGCCGUUCAUCCUGUUACGUCAAGUGCCUCUGAAAACCACGAAAAAAGUGCAAUCAGAGAUGAGAAUGAUCCAAAAAACAAUGAAGAUGUGAUACUAGAUGUGUCCGGAGAGACAGAAAAUCUAGUGGAAGGAGCUGCUUCUGCAGUAUCUGCAGUGUCACCAAAUAAUGCAACAGGUUCACAAAAUAAGACUGCAUUGCCACUAAGUAACACAGCGUCAUCACUGAAUAGUAGUCUCCCUGCUGCAACUCCAGUUGGACUGGAAGGUCUGGACACUGAAACAAUAUCAGAAACUGAGGAAGCAAUAAAUUUUGAUGAUGAUAUGAGUCAUGAUGAAACUAGUUUUUUGAGUGAAGAAGAUGGUGAAAUUUCCCCUCAAAAGAAAAGAAAGAAAGCUACUGAUGAAGUGAAAGAUAGCAGCAAAGCUGACAACGAUGUGUCUGCUGAGAAACCACAGCUUGAAAAAGACCUGUCUCCUGCUGAAACAGUGGACUAUGAGGAGGGUGAAAUAGUAGAUGAGCGUCCAAGACUGACUGAUGUCACUCAGAAAGAUAAAAUUUUAGACAAAGAUAAAAGACUUGAAAGUAAUGAAAUAAGAUCUGCAGAUGAAGCAGAAAUGAGUGAGUCUUCUGUACACGCAGGAAUUGAAGAAGAGAAGAAGAAAAAGAAAAAGAAAUCUAUGGACAGAGACAGGGACAGGGCAGAUUUGAGUGUAAAUGAUGAUGAUGAAACAGUAAAGGGAAAAGGCAGUACAUUAGAUGACUCUAUAUCAUGGAAGAAACCAUCUAAAGGAACUAAGGAAAGAAACUAUAGAGAUAGCAAGAGUAUCAAACCAACAGAGAAAAGUAAGGAUGGAAGCAGAAAGGAAAAUGAAGAUAAAGAAUUACCUAAAAAAGAGAAGAAAAAGAAGGAGAAAAGAAAAGACAUGGAAAGAUAUGAUGUCAGAAAAAUAGUGAGUGAUAAAAAGAGAAAGCGGAAAGAUGAAUUUGGCCGUGAUCUCUCACGGGAUCGUUCAUAUAGUAGGUCACGGUCACGUUCCAAAUCACGUGGUAAGUCUCGUGACAGAUCAGUAUCUUUGUCAAGAUCAAAGACUAAUCGUGCGAAAGGCCGCUCGUCACCAAGGAGGUCAAGACACCGAUCCCGCAGUCGUUCUCGUAGCAGGUCAUAUAGAUCGAGAAGUAGAUCAAAAAAUAAAUCUAUAUCAAAAUUAAAAGAUAGGAAUCGAAAGAGCCGUUCAAAAGAAAGACAGAGAAAGGCGAGUCGAGAUCGCUCCAGGAGCAGAAACAGAAGAAGUCGAUCAAGAUCAGGCAGCAGGCUCAGAAAUAGAUCAAGAAGCAGAUCCAUCCACAAGUCAAGGGAAGGUAAAGACAGAUCUAGAGCAGCUACCAGACAAAAAAGACCUCCAAAGAAUCGUCGAUCGUGGUCACGCACAUGGACAUCAUCGUGGUCUCGAUCAAGAUCACGAUCUGUUUCCUGCUCAUCUUAUUCCCGAUCUCCUUCGCCAUCAGCAAGACGGUACAAUCGAUCUUACUCAAGGUCUUUCUCGAGAUCUUGGUCUAGAGAACGACACGAAAGAGUUCCAUUGCUUGAAAAAAAGACCAACCCUGUUGCAAAGCCACCAAAAAAACUCACUGUUAUAGUAAACAAUAGCAAGGAGGAUAGUGAUAGGCAACGAAAGAAAGAUAAAAAGAAGAAGGACUCGAGAAAAUCCAAAGACCAGUCAGGAGCAGAGAAGCGCAAGAAGCGGAAAGAGAGAUCUCCAUUGCCAUCCAAAGAAGUUUUCACUUCUGGUGACAAUAUUCUAGUUAGCGUGAAUUUCAACAAAUCAAAUAAAGGACCCGGUGCAAAAGAUGCUGCUGUCGCUGCAGCUGCAGCUGUUACAUCAGCGUCUAUAUGUGCCUUGCCUAAAGAUUCAUCUAAGCGAAAACAAAGAGAAGAUACAUUUGAUGUAGGUAGGCAAACAACUAAAAAAUCCAGGAAAGAUAAAAGUGGGAAAGAAAAGACAUCCAAAGCCUUAAAUAAUGCAGCAAAUACUGAUAAAACUCUGAACAGAAGAUCCAAAAAGGGAGCAAAGGGGGACAAGAGAUUGGCUGCAUUACUUAGGCAAAAACCAGUUGCAAUAAUUGAUUUAGAUCAAUCACCAUUUCGUGAACAAACCCCUUCACCCAGAGAUCUCAUAGUUCUGAGUGACAGUGAUGAUGCACAACGAGAUAAAGAAACUGAAAUGGAAGAUGGAAUUAUGACCAGGAUGAUGCACCAGGAAAUACUCAGUCCACAAAACUCUCUCAAAAUGUCUGCAACAGCACGAACUCCUGAAUCUCAGUCACCAGUUAUGAGUUCUGUUGGUAACUACCUGAAUACUAGUACAGGUCCUAAGACACCGCCUGAACCGCAAAUAAAGUUUUCAAUAGCUGCAAAACCUCAACUGCGCUCAAUUAGUAAUCCGUUAAGAGAAGAGGAUGAUGAUUUAAUGGCUGAGGACACUGUACUGGAUGAAUCCGAUAGACAGAUGGAUGAGGACCUCGACAGGGACAUAAUGCAUAAAGGUCCCAAUACACCACCUGAACCACGAGGACCAACAACUCCAUGUUCUCCACCUAUUUCACCUGAUGCUUAUGAUCCAUUUGAUCCCACAAAAUCAGGUACACCGUCACCUGUAAGAGAAGAAGUACAUAUUGAUGAACUCCAAAGUCCAAGUGGUACACCAUGUGAAGAAGUGAUGCAGCAUUCUGUAGGUGUGACUGAUUCCCCUAUUCAAAGUGACCCAGAUGAUACAGCAAAGAAAACUUUAGAAAUGUCAUCAGAGAUUCCACUAAUACAGUCUUCUGACAAUUUGCGGGAUGAUGUGACUCUUUCUCCAGAUAGAACAAAAUCUCUAACCAUGAUUGAAAGUAUGUUAGGGAGCUCACCAUCAAAUAUUGAUGAAUCUGUUGUUGGAGCAUCACAGCAUCAGUUGCAAGUGGAAGUUUCUCCUUCAGAGCCAGGCGAAAAGUCAAGUACCUUGUCUGUUACAAUGAUAGUGCCUAUGAACUCUGACAUUACCCCAUUAUCACCAGAAAUAAAAAUUAUUCCAAUGACAGUUCAGCAACAGAAGCUUCUCAAACAGAAUAUAGUGCAGCAGCCUGUCACAUCUACACCUACACAUUGUAGCACACCAAGUAAUUAUUCAAACCUACCCAGUAGUAUUGCCAGUACUCCAAUUUCACCUUUAACAAGUACACCUGUGAGCCGAUCAAAUGUCUUUAGCACUCCAAUUACCAUUACAGUUCCUCAGCUAUCAUCUCAUCACCUUCCACACCACCUCCCAAGCUCUCCUGUUGUGUCUCAGCAGAGAACAGUAGGUAUCAAAACUGUUCCAGAGAAAGUGACAGCUAUUUCGUACGUGAAAAGUGUGCCACAAAGGCCAACAGGACAACAGAAUGGUGAUCAGAAGGAACAGAUACAAGAUACAUCUACAGAAGUUGUUGAUAUGGACCUUGAUUCACCAUAUUCACCAGGGUCCAGUGAGGGCGAUGACUUGUUUGAACCGCCGUCGGAGACUGUAAAACCGACUGCAGCAUAUCCACCCAUGAAUACAAGAGCCUCCCAGACACCACAGAAGAAUUUAAGGCAGAGCUUACCAGCAACAGGGAAUACUCCAAAUAAACCACCAGACAAGUUUGAUGCCCUAUUUGGCAUGUCACCAGCUCGUAACAAAGGUUCUACAAAAAUGGGGAAAAUUAAGACUCACCAUGGAAAAACUGGAAAAAUGAAGGGGAAGUUAGGAAAAGGUUCAAAAAAAGAGAUACAGAUCAAAAUGGAUGAAGACCAGCUGCAGAUUUUAGAUGACCUUCCAAGCUCUGCUGUAGAACUUCAAGUAAAAGACAAAUUCCUGAAGAAAUUAAACCGCCAGGAACGAGUAGUUGAAGAAGUCAAAUUGUCUCUGAAACCAUAUUAUACCAGUAAAAAAAUCAACAAGGAAGAAUAUAAAGAAAUAUUACGACGAUCAGUGCCAAAGAUAUGUCAUAACAGAUCUGGGGAAAUCAAUCCAAAGAAAAUAAGUGCACUUGUUGAUGCAUAUGUUACAAAGUACAGAUACCUGAAAAAGAAGCAACUUGGUUCCCAGAGAAAACAGUCAAAACCAUCACCAGAUAGUACAACGCCCAUCAGUAAAUGAGGGAUUCACAGACACAAUCCACGGAAAAGGCUUUUACCAAAUACUCUUCAUUGUAGUAUUGGCAUGGCCAACAUAAAGGACCUGUUGGUAUUGAGUCGCAAAAUCAGAAAAGUCUUUUUUUAUCUUUUUCCUUGUAAUGUAAUUUAAUUAGAACCUAGUUUGUUAAUUACACCCAGAUUUCUUUUAUAUUUUAUCAUAAAUAUGUUCUAUAUACUAGAAUUUUUCAUAUAUUGUAUUUCUCCAAACUGUACAAAGCACUAUCAGAAGUCUAUGCAUAAAAACUGCUGUGUAUAAUUUAGUAUAAUGUUAAAUUUUGUUAGUAUUAUAGGUACUAAUUAAAUAUUAACCUUUUAUAUUUAACAAAAUUUUAGAGGUAUCAAAAACAGUUUUUAAUUAAUCAGUGAAUGAAUUAUUUAUAUCUCAUAUUUUAACUUCUUUUAGUAUCAUAGACACUUGGUUAACGAAAGAGUUUUUAUAUGUGACAACAACCAUUAAAGUGUACAGUAAAUAUGUUUUAACUUUGACAAAAUGUAUAUGAGACAAUUUGUUAAUUUUUGUUAGUAUUGUCAGCACUUAGUUGAAAAUGAAUAUCUUAUAUAUGACACAAUUUUUAAUUGGAUGUAAAUUCCUUUUUAUUUGUGACAAAUUAUUUAUGCUUCAUAUUUUUAAUGUGUUAGUCAAAGGCACCUAGUUGUUUAUGCAUUUUUGUAUAUGAUAUUUUAAGUAAAAUGGUUUUUAAUUUCUCGACAACUCAGUUAUUUGUGGUAUUUAUGGUGCAUAAUGUAAUGGGAUGUUGUAUUAGAUUUAAAAGGAGGACUAAAAUAAAUAUAAAUAGAUAAUACAUGUACUGCAAUAAAGAUAACUUAACCUUUUUAAUUCCCUUUAUUUGUGAAGUGUGCACAUUCACAAUAUGUAGGAACUCAG